AUGCAGAUUUUAUCACGUGAUGCAGUAACUCGACCUAACGAAAAUAAAGAGAUCGACGAAUUUCUGGAUUUGAAAAGUGAGGAAAGAGUUAGUUGCGAGAUAAAGCAACGCAAUAGGGAAAAGAAACUUCAAUGUGAAUCAGCUAAAGACCGAUCGCAGAACUUAGUUUCAGAUACUUCUAUCUCUCCCGAACAAAAUCAUGAAAGACCAGGGGGCGAGUCACCAAAUCAUAAAAUUCAUGUGUUCGAAGAGCCUGAUGAAAUUGAGCCCGCUAAAAGUCAAUGUAUAGAACAAGGGUUAACAAAAGAAUUGCAAA